CUGGCAUAAACCAGCAAAUGGAGCCCAAAGGGGAGCAAGACGAGGGGAAAAGUGGAAAAGACCAGGAUGAACAACGUGAAAGAAAGGGCAGCUCAGAGGGACAGAAAGAAGGAACAAAGAAGAGUAUUGAUGAUAAGAAACUAUAUUCUGAGCUUGAUGAAGAAGAAAAGCCAGGUGAAGAUGAAGAGGGCGAAUGGAGCUUUGGAAGUGAGGAAGAAGAGGAGGAGGAACCAUCACCAGAACCUGAACAGCCUCAAGAACCCGUGAAGAAGAAAAAAGUAGUGGUAGAGAAGAAAAUCUCUGAAAGCUUCUACUAUAACUAUGAAGAGCUGUGCUCAUUUCCAUAUGUGACUCCAGAUUCUGGCAUACCGAUUGACAUGCUCAUUCUCAUGCACUCUUUUGGUUAUGACUGCAUGAGACGGGCAAACAUCCAGAUGCUGGAUAGUCAAACACUUCUGUACAUUGCUGGCAAUCACCUAGUACUUCUGGAUUUGCAGUUUAAAUAUCAGAGAUACAUUCGAAGCACAAGUAGUGGUGGCAUUGGUGUAAUCACGGUACAUCCUAGUAAAACAUACUUUGCUGUUGGAGAGAAAGGAUGGAAACCAAACAUGAUUAUCUAUGAGUAUCCUUCUCUGAGGCCAUACAGAAUAUUACGAGGUGGAACAGAAAAAGCAUAUGCAUUUGCUGAUUUUAAUCGUUCAGGCACCUUGAUAGCCACUGUUGGGAGCAGCCCUGACUACAUCUUGACUGUAUGGGACUGGAAACAGGAAAAGAUUGUGUUGAGAUCAAAAGCAUUUUCACAAGAUGUUUAUAAAGUCACAUUUUCUCCUGAAAAUGAAGAACAACUGACCACAUCCGGUUCAGGCCACAUCAAGUUUUGGAAGAUGGCCCUCACUUUCACUGGUUUGAAAUUACAAGGAGCAUUGGGAAGGUUUGGAAAAACAGCACUGACAGACAUUGAAGGAUAUGUGGAGCUGCCAGAUGGGAAGGUACUUUCAGGUUCAGAAUGGGGCAAUAUGCUACUCUGGGAAGGAGGCCUCAUAAAAGUAGAAAUUUGUCGACCAGGCCGUAGAAACUGCCACAGUGGCUCCAUUAAUCAGUUACUACUGGAUGAGGGAGAGGUUGUCACAAUUGGAUCAGACGGAUACAUCAGGGUUUGGGAUUUUGAAACAAUUGAUACAGCUGAUGUUGUUGAUGACACUGGACUGAUGGAGAUGGAUAUCAUGAACGAACUUUUAGUUGGCAAAAACGUCAAUCUGAAUUACAUGGUAAAAGUUCAUGAACGUGGGGAACCAUAUUGGUAUGCUCAGGAUUUUAAUGGAGCCAUUUGGAAGCUGGAUCUGAGUUUCUCCAAUGUUACUCAUGAUCCAGAAUGCCUCUUCAAUUUUCAUUCUGGAAGGAUAGAGGCUGUGGCUGUCUCACCAAUUACAUAUAUCUUGGCUACAACAGCUCUUGACCGUUCAGUACGUGUCUAUGAUUUCAUUGGUAAGGUGCAAUUGGCUGAAAUAAAGUUUAAACAGGGAGGAACAACAAUAACCUGGGCACCAAGAGUGACGAAUCCUAAAGGAGGCGUAAUUGCUGUUGGCUUUCAAGAUGGUGUUGUGCGCAUUAUUGAACUUUACAAUCCUAAGGGUCUCCCUGUUGUUGCUGGACGGGAAUAUGUAACAGAUGCAGCCCUGCGUCUGAAACAGGCUUUCAAGCCUCAUACCUCUGCAGUUACUGCAUUGGCCUAUGAACGCAAUGGAGAAAUACUUGCCACAGGAAGUAGAGAUAAAACUGUUUUUUUCUUUAAUGUUGAUGACAAAUAUGAUCCAAUUGGGUUCAUUAGUGUUCCAGGGCCUGUACAGGCAUUGCAGUGGUCUCCUUCAUCUCAUCGAGAUAAUAAGCUGCUUAUUAUCUGUGAGAAUGGUAUUGUAGUCCAGGUUCUUUCUCCACACCCAGAUUAUGAUGCAGGAUCUACCUAUAAAAUGAAGGAUUUGCCUACAGAGUAUUUUCGGUUUUGGAGCAUAAAAUCUCGGAUUUUGAGAGAAGAGGAAAUUAAACGGAGAGAAAAAGUGAAAGAAGAGAAGGAGAAGGCAAAGCAGAAAUGGAUAAAAGAACAGCUGGAUGAAGGGAAAGAACUAGAAGAAAUUGAAUAUCUAGUGGAUGAAGAACCCGAGGAAGAAGAACCACUGCCACCUAUUUUUAUCCCAGAGACUCCCAGCCCAAUCCUCUGUGGAUUUUAUUCUGCCCCAGGAAAAUUUUGGUUGUCUGUGGGAGGUUAUGACACUGGAUAUCUUUACCACUGCGCAUUUUCUCCUAUGCAGCACCAAAAAGAUCUUGAGGCUCGGCAAGAUGAACCUUUUGAUUUUAUUCCUCUAGAAGAUGCAGAAGACAAUCCUAUUAGACGGAUCUGGUUUUGCUCCAGUGGUUUACUAAUGUUCUGUGGGAUGGAGAAUGGAGCAGUGCGGAUCUACCCUCUUCACCGAAAAGAGCUCUCAGCGGACAAUAUAGCUGGAUAUUGGUCAUUCAACCUACAUGACAAUGACUAUGGGAAAAUUCAAGGAAUCUGUUCAAGUUUUGAUGAUCGAUUUCUGGUGACUUGUGGAGCGGAUGGCAAUAUCUUUACUUAUAACAUUCUUUCUGCUGAAGAAAUUAAGAAAGUCCUGAGGACUAAGGUGCCCUCUCCAAGGAAAGGCCUAGAUCAAGAGAGAGCAGCAGAAGAUAUUGUGGAUCCCAGUGCCUACAGUAUUGAAAAUGCCAAACAAAAAAAGGAGUAUGAUCAGAUAAUGAGGGCAGCAGAACAGAAGAAAUACGUAAAGCGACAAGAAUUGAACACUCUUAGAUAUCAGUUUCAGGAUCUGCUUCGUAUGAAUGAUGAUUUACCCAAGCACAUGCAGCUCCAUAGAGCCCAAUUUGAGUUGGACCGUAGAAUUCGUGCAGAAAUGGACAGAAGAACAGCACAGAAGAUCCGACUCGUGAUGAAAGAAAUGGCUUGGGAACAGGAGAAACACCGCACUGGGCUGCGAAAACUACAGGAACGGUUCCGGGGCAAUUUGGAAUAUGACACAAUUGUGGUUUGUGCAAUGAGAAGUAACCAUCGAAUCUCUACAUACAGACUGUUGGCAAUCUCAGAAAAAUUCUACAAAGCAAGAAAACAGAGUCAAUCAUGGAAAAGAAGACUGAGCAAAUUUGAUUGGAAAGCACAAGCAGAACAAAGGAGAGAAAGCCUGAAAGAAGGAUUAUAUUCAUCCCAGGCGAGUGCCAUCACUGAGGAGGAAACAGAAACAGAAAAGGUGAAGAAGAAACCCAAAACAGUGGCAAGCCGUAUUGUUGAGAAUCGAAUGGAUAGACUUAGAAAAAUUAUUGAAAAGGCAGAAAAAGCGAAAGCAAAGAUCCAGCAAAGAAAGAAGGAAUGGGAAGAACUAUACAAGAGCAAACCAAGUGAUAACUAUGAGGACCCCCAAGAUGUCGAAGACAUCAAGCAUGCACAAGAGAACAUGGGAGACUUCAAAUUGAAGACUGCUACUAACUACAAAAUUCCUGAACAUAUGAGAAUGAAUGCUGCCAAGAAAAUGAAUCAGCUAACAUCUCUAGAACUGGCAAUCCAUGAGAAGAAAUUGUCCAUGAACAAAUGGAUAGUGGGCCUCCGAGACCUCAAGGUGGCUAUUAUUGAAGAGAUCCAGUGCGUGGUGCAAGAACUAAAAACUAUACAAUCAUCCCUGCAUCCAUCCCAACAGCUUCCUGUUCCUCUAGUUCCCCAGCUUCUUCCCGAGGAAACUCCAGAAAACAAUUUUGAGUAUGACAGUGAAAUGCUUUUCAAGUUCAGACAGGAACUAGAAGAGCAGGGGUUGAAGGCCAAAGAGAUUGUGGCAGAGGUUUCUUCAGCAGAGGCCGGAGGGCUAGGAGCAUUUGGAGGAGGUUUUCUUCACACCCCUUCAGUCAAGGAGCUGGAUAGUUUCACCCGAGGGACGAGUAUGAAAUCAUUAAAAACAGGAUCUGGAACUGGAGCAGUAACGUCAGUCAAAAGUUUUGAGAUGGAAUUGACAGAACCAACAGAGCUAGAACUGGAAAUCAAACAGAGGGAGGAGAUUAGAAACAUUUACAUGCAGGAGACUUUGAUCAAGAGGAUUGAUGAGCUCAUGAUGACCUUUGAUGCUGAACUGUGUCUUCUGCGCCACCAAAAGCUGAAGCUGGACAUACAGAUGAAAACUGCUGACCUGCGUCACAUCACUUGGUUUCAAGAGUUGCUUCUUCUAAAGAACUUUGAAAAGCAUGAGGACACUCUCCAGGAACGCGUCAACAGCCUCAUCAGUGAGGAGGAUGGAAUGCAAACCAAAAUAAAUAGCUGUCUUGCACAAAUAGAGGAAAAGAAAGCAGAGAUUGCAAAGCUCCAGGAACGAGAGAAAGUAUUGUAUGCUACUUUCCAGGCAUCGUUAGGGGAAAAUAACAAAUUUGCUGGAUUCCUUCUGAAAGUCUUGAAGAAGAGGAUCAAACGUGUUAAGAAGAAAGAAGUGGAAGGCGAAGGAGAUGAGGAAGAAGAGAGUGAAGAAGAGAGUGAUGAGGAGUCUAGUUUUGAGAGUGAUGAAGAAGAGUCAGGAUCUGAGGAUGAAGUCUUUGAUGACACAGUUUGUCCCAAAAACUGUGAUGAGUCACUCUUUGAAAACACAAUCCAGCUUCGAGAGAAACGACUAGACAUUGAGGAGGCAUUAAUUGAGGAGAAGAAAGUGAUUGAAAAUGCAAAGAAAGAAUAUGAAACUUUGGCCAAGAAGGUGAAAGUAGUAGCAGCCAGUCUGGAUACAGCAGAAUGGGAACUGGAGGCAUAUCAACGGGAGAAGCAGCAGAAACUAAAUGAGCUGCAUGUAGUGGUACCUCUAAAACUUCACCAGGUGGAAUAUGUAUCAAAUGGAGAAAUCCCUUCCGAUAUCUCUCAGGCUUUGGUGUUUACCAAUCAGUCUUUGGUAAACUUGCAGCAGAGGAUUACAGUCCUGCAAGAGGAGAAACUUGAACAGAGGGAGCUCUACAAGAAGGCUCGGGAACAGCACAAACAGCUUAUUCGAGACAGGAAGGAGAUGAUGAUAAAGAUUGACCGACUGGCGGAGAGGUGCAAUCAGUUGAUGAUGAUGAAAUUUGGCCGGAUAGUAGAUUUGGAAGCCCUCCUAACUCUUUCUGUUAACACAAACCUGGAGGAGCUCAGGAUGAAAACGAUGGAAAAAGAACAAGCUAAUGCUAUGGAGCUAAAGAAGUGGGAGGAUAUAAUCCUUGAGAUGCGCCAACAGCUGAUGGCAGUGACAAAAGAACAUACCAGUAAGCUGAUGCAAAUGAAUGCAUUUUGCACAGAGAAGAUGAGACUUGAAGCUAAAUUAGAUGCACUGCAAAAUAACCUGGGAGCAGAAUUCCAAGGGCCUCGCAAAGCAGAUAUUGAGGAGAAAGAGAAGCUGAUUGCAUUAGUUCAGCUACAAGCCGGAGAAGCUGAAGUUCUGAAAGAAGAAAUAACACUCCUAAGUAGAAAGGAUGGGCGCAUCUUCCCACCAUCUCAGUCCCUGUACCAAGCAGAUGAGAUGAUGGAUUAAAGCCCUCCAAUUAAGUUCCUUGGGUCUAUUUUUACAUAUAAAUCCUAAUGCAUGAAAACAACCGACAGGCUAGUCUUGAAGUUUUAGCUUCUGUAGUUCACUUCAUGACAAAUUAUUUGCACAUUUUAACAGUUAUAGACCACAUAUAGAUUUAGCAAUGAUUUGGAAAUAGAGUGAGUAGCAAAGUUUAUACCUCCUAAAAAAAUUUCUUGCCUUUUUUACAGCUGUGAAACCACAAGAAAAAUUGAUUAACAGCUGUAUCCAUCUCAUACUUUCUCCAUAACCAGUUGAUUUUGAACAAGUAGUAGAUCUCUGAUUAUGAGUCUCUGAAGUCAUUUCAUUUCUUGAUGCAAAAGGUGCUGUAUAUGUCAAAAACAUGCACACAGACAGUACUGUGUAGAGAAUAGUGCCUUGCCCUUUCAGCUGGCUAUUAGUACCUUAACACUGACCUACAUGUAUAUCCACAAUGCACUACUAGUGUACAAAGUACUAAUACCCAAUGACUUUUUGCACAUGACUGUCUGGAUGAAGCCAAUUUAUAUAUUUAUAAAUAAAGACACCAUAUUGAUCUCAAAACUAAGGAAGAUGAGCAUUUAUGUAAGCCUAUUUCACCCUGAAAUUGUUUUCGAUAAAAUAUUUUAUUGGCUGUGUUGGUUUAUGAUAAAAAAAUUCUAAUGUCAUGCUUGUAUUGUUGUUAACCCUGUAAUCUCUGCCCUGGAAUGCAGCAACCCUUCAGAUGCCGUGUCAGCCAUGUAGAAGGAAACAGUCUUUUAGUUAGUUAACCUAAUACCUAAUUAUUAUCACUGGAAAAAACAGUCCUCUUUCCAGAUUUGAAACUUCUGCUUGUCAUACUUUGGCAACAUUUUAAAAAAUUGGCUGAAAUCCUAUAUCACCCUCUAUUGUAAUGUAACUUUACAAACAUUUAACUGUGUAGCAGAGGCACCAAGAAACCUAGUUACUGGAUUGCAAAGAUUCCUCCUCAAACUUUUUCUGUCAUAGAGGGGAGAACAAAGACAAGGAGAGCACUUGGAGAAGCUGCCUCUACCUUAGAGGAGACGGAGAAGGAGAGCAGGGAAGCUAUCUGGCUCAUGACCUCGGGCAGGACCCAUCCCAAGCCACAGCUGCUUCUUCCUCAACACAUCCUAUUCCUGUAGUUCUCAGGGCAAGACACUACUGCCUGCUCAGUCCAGGGUGCCCUAGGCCAAUGCCCACAAUGGCCUCUGGUGGAGAAAGGCCAGCAGUGCCUCUUGCCAUCACUGUCAGUCACCUGGCUCUGGCUGGGCAUGAAAGAAUAUGUGUAAAAUUUAGACAUCUAAGUAUUGAAUUUAUUUAAAUAAAACUGUUUGACUUUGAA